AUGGAGCACUUUAUGGAAUAUUACGAUUCAUUUGUUGAUAUCACGAUUCCAUGUCACGUCACAGCGCAUGAUAACUGUUGCGUGCGGUCCCAUGACGACUUCUUUGACAAACACGGGUACGAGCAUGACGACUUUCUCAGAUUCCCGGAACGACACGGCUGGACUGUCAACCCGAGCACGUAUCACCUGCAGCUCGCCGAGCCACAGCCUCCCGGCAACAAAAUCAUUGUGAAAAAUGCCGAGGAAUUCAUCCAGUCAUGGCUAUUCUUUUGUCUCAUCACUUGUAUUGUCCGAGGUGAUGAGCCACUCCUAAAGUUCAAAGAUUUGAUCUCCGAUAGCGUCACAAGAGCUGAAAAUACUGUCGCAACGAAUCUUCGCACCAAGAAACUGAAAAAGGCGCUUGCUAUUUGGCAUCAAUGGGCCGAUCAGAAUCGCCAGGAAGCCAAGCUUAGACUAAUCCAGUCCGACCUCAUCCUUGAACUGGGUCGACAGGUAGUCCGGGCAAACCUGGCCGAAGAAGCAAAGCGUACCACCAAGCUUGGUAUAUCACCGAAGACAUCGCUGGCAAUCAUGAUUCUUGGAGAGACUUUAUCAGCCGCGAAGCUGGAGAUCAUGGAAUCGACGGGGACAAAGGUGCGAGGUUGGCACGAAGACGACAAUGAGGGCUGGGGAGGGUCCGAGUUUGUCUCCUCGGAAAUCAGAAAGUUGAAGUUUUGCCCUCAUGUCGCAAAGAUGCUCAAGGUACAAAUGGGGUCUAACGCGACUCUGCUGCUUGCCGCUACGAGACACUAUCCUGGAGUCCCCGACCAUGGCGCGGCAUGUGAGAAGGCCCAGAACUGCAUCUACAUGUCAGCAAGCACUGCGACAACUCCCGACUGGAUCUCAGAUAAUGGCACAAUACCGUCUCUAUAUCGGCCGCAAUGUCAUAAAACACAUGACGGACUGGUGGAACAGCUAUGCCAAAGGGGCAAUUGCUCGAUGGUGGGCCCAAAUAUGGAUGAUGUGUACAAUAUACUGAGCAAAGUCGACGACAAUGACGAAGGCUCCGAAUUUCCCUUGUUCAGAAUCCAAAUGAAGCCCACGGAAAUCGUCGUUGUGGUGGAAAAGUGGUCGCAUGCUGGUCAGAGACCUGAUUUCGCGACCAUAUCUCACGUUUGGUCUCAGGGACUGGGGAAUGAAGACAAAAACGAGGUCCAUCAGUGUCAAUUGAAGCACCUUGCCCAUCUCCUCGAAUUACUACAACCUCCAUUAGUCAACACCCGAACAGACGCGAGCCCUCUUUUCUGGCUUGACACAUUCGCCAUCCCCGUAAGGCCCAAAGCUGGGGAUUCAUCGCCACGCAUGCCGGGGGAUUUUGACGAUUUGAAGAAACGUUCAAUUCGACAGAUACGCCAUGUAUAUGACUCCUCUACUCAUUCUAUCAUCAUCGAUAAGGACCUAUGCAGCUAUGAGGCGGGUAAUCGCCCAAUCAAGGUUGCCAUGAGGCUGUUGACCAGCAGCUGGAUGAGAAGAUUGUGGACGCUUCAAGAGGCAUUUCUGAAUCCAUUCCCAGGCUGGGACUUUGAAAAGCUCAUGGAGAAUCUCGCGGCCAACGGCAAGAACGUUGAAGCUCACAAGUCAACGCUAUCCAUGUCGGGCAUCUUGAUUCGACAGCUUCGUGAGAACCUCAUGGUAUCUGAAAGGGAGGUGAGGAACCGGCCAGGCGACCCUGAUAGCACAAAAGGAUCCAUACUCAUUGCGAGUGCUUGGCGGUCCGUAAGGUGGCGGAGCACUUCUCGACAAGAAGACGAAACCUUGGCGCUAGCAACCCUGCUGAAUCUCGAUUAUCGGGAAACUGAUAUCUCAAAAGCAGGCGGCAUGAAGAAAUUCGAACCAGGAUCCAAGGAGGCCAUGAGACAGCGUCAAGAAAUGAUGAAGGAGUUCUGGCAACUCAUACAUCAACAUUGGGAAGGAUCCAUCCCAUCUGGCAUGAUCUUCCUCCCGCCGCCUCGACUGUCAAUCCCAGGCUUUGGUUGGUCUCCCGAGACUUGGAUGACAGGAAAAACUGAGGAUUAUCCGUAUCCUUUGGCACGCAUGGACUAUCCAACGGACCUGAAGCGCGAGGGCCUCAUUGUCCGAUACCCUGGGGUCAUCCUGUACAGCUCAAGUUUUGCAUCACGACUGGCCAACUUGGGCACGGGGGAGGACGGCUUCAACUUCCCCAUCGAUAGGGAGCUGAAUGAGUGGUACUCUGUGUCCGCCAUUGAGAAGCCCUCCAUGGACGUCGUACAAGCGAGUAACAAUGAUACCGGCAAUCCGAAAGCGCCGAAGAGGUUCUCUCUGAUAAUGUCGCGACCAAGGCCUAAAGAUCGUAAGGAGGUGGCGCUGCUCGUAGAGAUUUACGGAAGCCCCCGGCGGCGCAAAGAGGGCAAGGAACCAUACGAUGUGUACCAGUGUUGGAUCAUCUCGAGGGUCUGGGUCCGCCGAGUGAGGCCCCAGAAACUGAGCAGCUUUGGCGUGAUCGGAGAGCUCACUGAUGAGAAUCAGCGCUGGUGCGUGGAUGAUUAUAAGCCCCGGGUGGACCAAGAGAAAUCCAGUGUGGUCGGUACGGCCAUGCCCGUGGACACCUUAGGGAACCCGAACGAUCCUAAUGGCACUCUUGGCACGUCCACUGGCAGUGGCAGAUUUGCGAAUUUCUUUUCAUUCAAUAAGUCAGCAACAUGGGCACCAACAAGCAAAGGGAAAGGACCCAUGUAG